AUGGGUCGCUCGCGUGUCCUUUCGUUUAUAUCAACUUGGGGAGGUCCGAAGAACAAUGACUCUGGAAAGGAGAGUAAGCGAUCCUCGCGCAACGUGACGCCCGCCGAUACACCCCCGAGAUGGCAGACACCUUCGCCCGAUACUCCGUCGCCGCCGUCUGAAUUGUCGCCUGUCGGGGGUUCCAAUCCCCGAGGCGAGGGAAUUGGUUCGCGACCAGCGUCGAUGAUCUUCUCGCGCAAUCCACCGUUGAUGACCCAUGAGGAGAAUACCCCACCGGAGCUUUCGCCGAUCUUCUCCUUUCUCAAUAUCCACACCAACAAGGUCUACCAGGAAGGUUAUUUUCUGAAAUUGAAUGACCAGGAUUCCCAUGGACGACCUUGCGGCGAUCGACAAUGGGUAGAAAGCUACGCCCAGCUUGUCGGUACCGUCCUCUCUCUCUGGGAAGCUUCUGCGCUGGACGCAGCAGGCGGAGAAGAGGUCCCCGCGACAUUUAUCAACCUGGCGGAUGCGUCGAUUAAGAUGAUCGAAACGCUGCCGAUCAGAAAUGGAGCCGUACAGCCAUUGAAGAAUGUCCUCAGCCUAUGCUCUGCGGGCAAAAACCGAUAUCUGCUACAUUUCAGCUCGUUCCACUCAAUGACCCAGUGGACUGCGGCCAUUCGUCUUGCGAUGUACGAACAUACUUCGCUAUACGAGGCGUAUACCGGCUCCCUCAUCGCCGCUAAAGGCAAGACUCUCAAUGGAAUCCAGUCCAUUCUAGCUCCUACCAAGUUCAAGUAUGAAGAUUGGGCGCGAGUAAGAUUUGGUGCGGGCACGCCCUGGAGGCGGUGCUGGUUUGUCAUUCAUCCGCCAGAUGAGAAGGAGCUCCAAAAGGCCCGAAAAUUGAUGAAGAAGUCUGCCUACGACCGCCUAACGAUGCCAGUCACGGGAAGCAUCAAGUUUUAUGAAACGAAAAAGACUAAAAAGGUGAAGCCAAUUGCGACAGUGACGAACGUAUACUCGGCAUAUGCGAUUUACCCCCAGUCGAAGGCGCUCAUUGAUCAAUCCACUUUGGUGAAGUUGGAAGGUCGGAUCAGCAUGCACUCGGGGAACCAGCCGUCGACUGAAGGCUUUGUCUUUGUCAUGCCAGAGCUGCACGCCGCGGUCUCUGGCUUCGAGAUGCUGCUCCGAUUCCUUUUCCCAACCUUCGAUACGUUUAAUCUCUACGGCCGUCCGACUCGCCUCGUGGCCGACGUUAACCACAUCAAGAGUAUCAUGUUUGCUUUCCCUAAGCAGCGCCGCUACGGUUAUUUGGAGGUCUUGGACAUCACCAAUCUGCUUCAGAUUCCCGGCAGCCAGGAUUGGAGCGAGGCCGAAUGGAGAAAGCAGUUGAAGGAUGCAACUCAAAAGCGGAUGAGCACUGGCCGAAGUCGAACCAACAGCGUCAACAGCAGUCGACCUCGCUAUCGUGCCAGCUUAUCUAGUCGUCCGGGUGAAAGCUCCUUGAACGGAUCUCGUCAACACCUCCCUUCCCUAGAGGCUAAGCCCGAGUUUAACCAGUCUGCCGAGGCCAUCAUUCACGAAGUUCCACGGAACGAUCCUGUGAUCUAUCAUUCUAGGGGAAUGUCGGAUACCACAGGUCUUCAGACAGGGCCCAGGCCAGUCUAUGGCUCGCUGCUGGAAAGCUCGCCUGAUUCAUCCGCUCAGGAUCUCGUACAACGUGACCGAGCGCAAGCUUUGGCCGGUCCCAUCGCUGAACGGACUAGCUCCGAGAGUGAUCGCAAUUCAGGUAUGCCUGGGCAACCUUUCGAAAUUGGAGAGCAGCUUCCUCCUCGUACGCCACCGUCCCCGGUCACCAACCCGCCCACUUUCGCCCAUGGACCGCGAGAAAUGCCUACCAACCGUCCGAAAACAAGCAAUGAGCAGAGGCUGGCUAAUAACCGUAUGUCUCACACGACUCUUAUGCAAUUCCACCAGGUUGGGAAAACGGGUAUGGAAAUGGGUGGUGCCGCGCUUGGAUACCAGGAUCAACACCACUACCAGCAACAACACCCCGAGGCCAGCAUGGAUCAACGACUCCAUAACCAUGCGCCUUAUCAUAUCUAUGCCCCUGAGCCCGUGGCCGCAAGAGGGUCUCCACUUAGGAACCAGUCCAGUGACGAGGGCAUCGGCCUUGCUUUCCCUUCGCGCCAAGUACCUACAUCACAACCCCGUCCGGCUACCCCCAGUACAGGGGGCACUCCCUCGCCUCGGCGAAAUCUACAAAUCGAUACCUCCAAGUCUGUCAAGCGUAAGCCCCUUCCGCAACGACAGCUCUUUGGGGGGCCGCCUUUGUCACCUGACGGUGGAGAGCCUAGCUUUGACGACUUGCGUCAUACCCUGGAUGAAGAUGCCUUGAACCGAAUCGCGCCGCAUCUUCCGUCUCCAAUUUCCCCGACCCGCCAAGAGGAGGAGAGUGUGUAUGAUGAUGCAUCUACCGUCUCACCAGACUAUGCGAGUACCCAUGAGUCUGUCUACAGCAAAAAGUCUGCCAAGCGCAUGGGUGUCAAGAAGACCGUCGGAGAGUCGGCCAAGCAGGAUCUCGUCAUUGGUGAUGCUCGCUACGCGACCGACAGGCCAGCCGAGCCUAACCCAGAUAUUCCCACCGUUGAUUUCGGCCCAACUCUGACGUAUAUGCCCACCACCGGACGUCCGACGACGGGUGACACCUUGAAAAAGGUUUCACAUCAGCGUCAUGACUCCGAAUUCAAGCACUUUGUUCCAACAAACCCCAUGGAGCGCGGUCACGCUCGGUCUCCGAGCCAGGAAGAACGUCGACGCAGUGUCCUGUGGCAGCCCGGUAUGGCCAGUGGUCGUCCCACUACCCCCGGAGGUGGUCUUACCCCGGAGCAGUUCGUGCAACAGCGAGCCGCACCUAGUCCCCCAGUGCACAUGCACCAGCGUGUCCCGUCGAGCAACAGCCCACCACCAGCGCGACCAGUAUCGGGAGACUGGACGCAGCAGGUUCGGCCUCACUCCCGUAUGACUUCAUAUCCGGAUGCCAACUACCGCCCCUCUUCUCGUGGCGCCAGCACGAUGAUCACCAACUAUAACGAGGUAUCGAAUCAUCUCUCUGCUCGUGAGCAAGAACAUGUCGCACGCAUGACUGGCUCUUCAUUCUUCGACAUGUCGAGCAACACGAAGAAGCCCCAACCUCAAGUCAAUCCCAUGGGUCUCGUGUCAACAAUCGAUGCUCGUGAGCGCGAGAAGCGUGACAUGAAAGAGGGAAUGUCGAACCAGAUGGUACAGCAUGCUAUUGCACAGCGUCAGCAGCAUCAACAAUACCAACAACAGCACCAACAGCACCAGAUGAUGCAGCAGCAAUAUGCACCCCAGUAUGCCGGCUCGGUGUACCCACCCCCAACUCGGGAUGGGAUGUAUAAUCUCCCCGGCGCCAGCCAGACUUGGGAUGCACUCCAUCAGAUGAACCGCUCGGACGAGCCCCGCCGACGCUCUUGGUAUGGCCAGCUCGCACAGGCUUCACAAGUCCCGCCCAGCUACCAGCAGAGCCAACAUUUUGCUCAGCAAGGUGGCUACCCUGCCAACUACAACACUAUGCAUUCAUAA